AUGCCUGGAGAAGGUCGGAAAAAGUUGAGGAUCAAGCAAGUUCCUGACCGUGACCACGCGGGAGCGAGGGAGGGUUAAACUGCCAGAAACUUCUGAAAAACUUGGGCCGAAUCGCCUAUAAAAGGCAGGUGCCGGGUGCCAAUGUUCGCACUUCUCUGGAAAGAUGGAGGCGGAACUCGAAGUGAGGCUCAAGGCCUACCGUUUCAUCGCCUACUCGGCUGUCACCUUCUCCGUUGUCGCCGUCUUCGGCGUGAGUUUUUCGUUCUUUUAAAAUUAUUUUAGCUAAAUAAGACUUCGGAAAGUGAGUUCUAACAAUGAAAAAGAUGUGACGAUACCACUAAUUCGUUUAAAAUAUUUUCCUCCAGAUCUGCCUGACGCUGCCGAUGAUGCACAGCUACGUGGAGGGCGUCAAGAAGCAGGUCGACCACGAGGUCAACUUCUGCAAGUUCACGACAAAGGACAUCUUUGCCGAGAUGCAGCACAUCAAGACGCAAAACGGCUCUCGGCACGCUCGUCAGGCCGGCUAUGGCUCUUCUGACGGCGGCGUCGAGUCCACCGGCGCAACUGGAGGCUCUUGCCAAGGCUGCUGCCUGCCAGGAGCGCCAGGAGGUCCUGGACCGGCCGGUCGUCCAGGAAAGCCCGGAAAGCCUGGAGCCUCUGGCCACCCCGGUAGCCCCGGAAAGCCUCGUGCUCAGCCUUGCGAGCCGGUCACCGUGCCACCUUGCAAACCUUGCCCAGCUGGACCCCCCGGACCUCCCGGAGACGCCGGACGACCAGGAAACGACGGAGCGCCAGGUCAGCCAGGCUCCGGAGGUGGCGACUCUCCGCCAGGCCCUCCUGGACCUAAGGGACCACCUGGACCAGCCGGACAGCCUGGAGCCGCCGGACAAGACGGGCAGCCAGGAGAGAACGGCGAGAGCAGCAACGAGCCUGGAGAGCCGGGAGAAGCUGGACAGCCAGGACCUAAAGGACCACCAGGACCCGCUGGACAGCCUGGACGCGAUGGAAAGCCAGGUUCGUCCAAAAACUCUUUUUUCUAAAAUUUCAUAGUAAUGAAACACGAAAUUUUCAGGGCAACCAGGUCAGCCCGGAGCCAAGGGAGACGACGGCGCUCCAGGCCAGGACGGAAACCCGGGAUCUCCAGGAGAAGACGGACAGUCCGGAGGGUCCGGCGAGCCCGGAAUCUGCCCCAAGUACUGCGCCAUCGACGGCGGCAUCUUCUUCGAGGACGGAACUCGGCGUCGUUGA